AAGGACUUGGGCAAGACCGUCAUCUCUCGCAACAACGUGCAGUACAAGUUAGAAAAACUGCCAAACUAAGUUGUGAAAGCUACAAGAACUGUGAAUCAAGUGGUUUGAAAUUACGAACAUUACAACUAAGCAACAGACUUAUAACAAAUAAACCGGGACGUCUUGUAUAA